AUGCUCGAGUACGGCGCGCGUCUCUGGCAGGCCACCUACAACAUCCGCAAGGACUUCUGGGUGACGGUGUCGCCGACGCUCCGCCGCCCGAUCUACUACCACAACGUGAACACCGCGAUCCGUAUCGCCCGCUCCUUCAAACAGCACAUCCGCGGCGACCUCAUCGACGAGGACACCAAGAAGGACAUCGCGCUCGCUCUCGACUGGCAGACCAACACCCCUUGCGCGACGUACGUCAACUAUCUCAUCGCUGAGCGCCUCGAGGUGCGCCUCGAUCGUGCUCGCCGCCACUACCAGCUGCGUCUCGUCCGCACCCGCGAGACCGAGUGGCAUGACGACCUCAACCGCCUCUGGCUCAUAUACGGCAUCGCCAAGACUGUCAACAUUGCGGCCCCGGGCCGUACCGAGAAGGAGGUCAUCACCGAGAUCUUCAAGCGCAUGGAUGCUGCCCUGGUCCGCUGGACCAAGACCCAGCCGCUGCGCAAGGUCCUCCGCCGCUUCGACCCGCUCGUUCAGGUGCUGGACUGGAUUGAGCGCCUUGUAGACGCUGUCGCCGAGAUGGACGCCGAGGGGGGAUGGGUCCACUCGUCGGCCCUCUUCCCCAUGCAGCACACCGACCUGCUGCUCCACGGCGCCGCGGAGCUGCACCGCGCCGUCAAGACCGAGGUCACGUGCUUCCUCCGCACGCAGGUCGCCGGCUGGGAGCGCGGCCUUGACCACCUCCCGCCUGCGCGCCGCGACACCUACCGCCGCGAGACAAUCGCCGACGACGUGAUCAACGUGAUUGACCGCGGCAACCUCGCCGCCUUCCGCAACCACAUGGCUUCGCGCCUCGACUACUGUCUGGUCUUCACGCCGCGCCGUACCCCGCUUCCACUCCCGGCCAUGUCUGAGGACAACCUUGCUGACUUUGAGCGUCAUCUCCACCGCAAGCGUGCCCACAGCCACUCGACGACCUCAUCCGGCUCGUACUGGGAUGCCAAGAUCAGCAUCGGCAGCCAGGUCACGUCGAGCUAUGCUCGCAGCAUCGUCCUGUAA